UUCUAAAAUGGCGGACUCUGGGACUAAAGGCGAAUGUUUACCUGCAGAUUGGGAAGACAAUGAUCGAAUGAAUUUUAUGUUUUCUGCUUUUCCUGAGAGCAGAGAGGUAAACCCAAAACACUGGGACUCGAAGCUAAAUUUUUGGAGCAAAGCAAUUUCGGAAAAAUGUGAGCACCAUGAAGAAAUUUUUAUCGAUUUUGCGACCUUGAAAACUCGGUUUACGCGAAACAGUUUGACACCACUCGGGCUUCGCAUUGUACUGAAAGAAAUGACUCAGCAAGGAAAGCUUAUGCGAAAAGAGGAUUUUAUGACCUGUAAUAACGACGGCUGGGUGUCAUGGUCUUUUGGAUUGGCGAAAAGAUCUUUUUGGUGGGGUGUCCAUACUGUGAUGGGAGGCGAUGAUGAGUUAAAUCUGGAUGAUAAAUUCAUUUUAGUCGAUGCAGCAAAGGAAAAUGCAGAAAGGCUUCUUGCCAAACAUUAUGCUAAUGUGCAAUGUGAAACAACAGACUAUGUUAUACCAUGGAAUGUGAUGAAAAUGCGGUGUAAGAAGUUUGACGAUGAAGCCCUAGAAGUUCUUAUAGGAUAUUUACAACAGCAGAGUAAAGCAGUUAUAUAUGUUACAUCAGAAGGAGAGAAGGUUAUCAAGUUUGCAAGAAAAGGUGAAGUGAAGGUGACAGCAGUUUCUGACAAUGAUAUCAAUAUUGUGAGGCUCAGGAAAAGGGUCGCGAGCCUAACUCUUCAAGUUAAUAAACUGUCAAAUGAAGUUGAAAGGUGUAGAUUGCAAGCAGCAAGUUUUGCAAAGGAAGGCUCAAGAACAAAGGCCCUUAAACUGCUUCGCAGAAAGGAACUUAGACAACGAACAUUGGACAAGGCAAUUGCAGACUUGAAUUCUUUUGAAGAAAUUUUACACAGAAUACAAAAUGCACACACAGAUAGAAUGGUUAUCGAGGCUUUGAGGGCAGGAACAGCAGCACUGAAGGGUGGACAUUCAGAAAUGACAAUCGAUAAGGUCGAGGAUGUAAUCGAUGACCUUAACGAAGGAAUAAAUGAAUCUCAAGACAUAAAUUCAGCGAUAUUGGAAGGUAAUGUACGGCUUUCUGAGGCAUCUGGGAUAGGCCCGGAUGAGAUGGAGGAACUGGAACGAGAAUUAGAGAGCCUCGAUAUCGGGAAAGAAGAUCCAGGGAUCGCGGCAGGUUACCAGUACAACUCGACUUCAUCAAGGGUAGCGCAAAGGCCUGGUCCAGACACAGAACUUCCCAAAUUGCCUCCAGUCCCCUCUUAUGGCCCAGAUGCAUCUGAAAAUUCAUCAACGAGACAGAAAACAAAAAGCCUUGAAGCCAGCUAAGUUAUUUUAAGUGGCUUAGCCUCGCUUAAGCGUGAAGAGAAUGUAAGGGGGACAAACGAACAUAUUUAGAUUUAUCUUUCCAUGCUGUUGUUGGCGGGAGGUCGGUGGAUAUGAAUUGUACUUUUCACUCUUGUGAUUAACAACAUCAUCAGAGUAUAAACGUUUAGGGUUAGGGGCGGAAAGGGUCACACUCCGGCUACUUAAAAUCCAACGGACACUGCAGAGAAACCCCAAGCUCAACUGUUAAUUCAGAGUAGCUUAAAUUACCAUCCCACUACCCCCUUCCCAGUUCUUGUCGGGCAAGAACUCGUUCAUCUCAAUCUAAAAAUUGUUCACACUUUUAAACCUAAAAAAAAAGAUUCAAUUGCCGCAGUGUGAUUAUUAAAUGGCCCUUUCCCAUAGAGCAGACUUAAAAUAUCAAACUAGACGAUCAAAUCUUCCCUACCCCUGUAUUAUUUGCCGCCUGGGAUGUGUAUCUAUGGGAAUGCGUACACAUUGUGUCUCUGUUACAACUUUCAUCAACGUGUUUCAAAGUAUUAAAGAGCGGAUUUCAAACUGUCUGAAUCGCGUAACUGGUUGAUACAGAUUUCACUAAUAUUUCUUGAGACAUAAGCGGUUGAUGUAGUAGCGGGUAAGUCGGUGUUUCUUUUCGAUCGAUACUGGUAUUGGGUUUACUUUAGCGAAUGACACUAUUAAAGGACAGAUCAUUCAUGACAGCUCAUGUUGCUACCACAGAAGAAGAAGUCCUCAACCAGGAUAUAAGUUAUUUUAAUUGUAAAUAUGAAUUGACUUGUGAUCCAUAGUCAAUCUCGCUUUUGUUGUAUAUAUGCGAUUUAAAUUAAAAAUUACCUUUUUCAUCUUGGAA